AUGACGUCCUACCUCAUCAUCGGUGCCGGCAACUUCGGUGCCGCCACGGCAUUGACAUUGGCCAAAAGGGAAGGAACAACCAAGGUCACUCUUGUUGAUACCACUCAGUUCCCCAAUCCUCGCGCCGCCUCGCACGACGUCAACAAGAUUGUUCGCGAUGACUAUCCCGACAAGCUAUACAUGCAAAUGUUGAAGAAGGCCAUGCCUAUGUGGCGAGACCACGAGCUGUACAAGACUUGGUACCACGAAGUGGGCAUGCUGAGAGCUGAUCCUUCCGACUUUGGAGGCGAGAGCAUUGCUGCAUACAAGGCCAUGGGUAUCAAAAACGACUCACACUUCCUCACCGUCGACGAAGUACGCCGACGAUGGAACGGUUCUUUCGCCACUGCCAACUUUGACGGCUUGGAAAAGAUCCUCUUCAAUCCGACAGUCGGCUUUGCUGAGGCAGACAAGGCCCUCGGAGCGGUAGUCCAAGCCGCCGUUGACCAGGGCGUUGAAUAUGUCCUGGGCGUUAUGACGAAGCUCAUCAUUGGCACCUCUGGUGAGUGCACGGGAGUCACACUGCAGUCUGGGGAGACUCUGCAUGCCGACAAAAUCCUGCUUGCCACGGGGGCACGCACCGCAGCCUUGUUGGCACAGAGUGCGCCUGAGAACCAACAGCUUCACGCUGGUGACAGGCUCCUGGCAACUGGUGCCGUGAGCUUCUAUGCCAAGGUCCACGGUGCCCAGAAGGAGAAGUUGUCGCCUAUUCCCGUGUUGAAGAAUUGCUUGCCUCAAGUAAAAGGCGAAGGAAUGUCGAUUCUUGCAGAUGGCACCAUCAAAUUCAAUUGCGACAUGUGCUUUACCAACUACGUUGAUUGCCCCUUCACCGGUCAGCGUUUAUCCAUGGCCCCCAAUGAAAACGUAUUCAACCACUGGACCGGACCCAAGUUCAUCAAGUUCUUUCAGGAGCGUGCAAGAAAGACUCUGGAUGGUCUUUACGGCAAGGAGGUGGAGGAUGUCGCUAUUGACGCCUAUCGCAUGUGCUGGGACGCAUCAACUCCAACACACGACUUCCUGAUCACACCGCAUCCGCAUAGCCAAGGUCUCUACGUGGCAACUGGCGGCUCGUUCCAUGGCUGGAAGUUCUUGCCAGUAAUUGGCGACUACAUUGCCGACAUGAUGCAAGGCAGCCUUGAGGCCGAGUUCGCUGAUCGUUGGGCUUGGGACAAGAAAGGCGGUGAUGGCCACUCAGCCAAUCCGACAUACCAGAUCGUUGGCGACCUGCAGGACUGGAUCGCGUGA